CUUACUGGUUAAUUAGUCGCGUGUGGAAUUCUUUGGUGUAAACAAUAUGGUGGUGUAAUUGACCAACAAUUUAAAAACAUGUCACUAUAAUUUGAAAUAAAUCACAAUGGACACAGAUAUUUUACGUAUUAGUUGUGCAUGGAUAGGUAAAUGGUUGGCUCAAGGCCCUGGUUAGCUGUCAACCGCUAAGCGCUCGAUAUGACGACAGAGAAGCUUGUUUUUAAACUGGAUCACCCGCAUGGAACUAGUGAAGUUUUCAUCAGCUGGCAACGAGGAAAUGGCGUUUACCUGGCCACUACUGGUGCUGAUCAGACAGUUGAAAUAUACAACAGACAUGGGAAGAGAAUAGAAAAAAUAAGAUUACAAGGUGUGUGCACAGGAUUUGACUGGGAUGUUGAUGGUGACCAUCUUGCCAUUAUUACAUCGAACUCCUCACAUUUAACCUUGUGGGAUGCAAACACGACAAAGAAGUCACACAUUGAUAUUGGCCUGCGAGAUCCUAUGAGUUGCAUCAUUUGGGCCAAGAAGGGAUCACUGGUUGCUGUUGGUACCUCACGAGGAAAUCUUGCAAUAUAUAAUCACAGUACAGCAAAAAGGGUGCCAAUUUUAGGCAAGCACAAUAAACGCAUCAGCUGUGGAUCAUGGAGUGCAGAAGGACUUUUGGCUUUAGGAUCUGAAGAUCGUUCGUUAUCUAUCAGCAACAAUGAGGGAGAUACCCUGAAAAUGAUAUCUUUGCGUGCUGAGCCGAGUGAUAUCCAAUUUUCGGAAAUGAAAAUGGAUGAGAGGCUUGGAAGUGAAAAUACAGUCAGUCUUCUGGUGGGAAAGCGAACACUUUUCCUUUACAAUCUUCAUGACCCUGACAAUCCUGUGGAGUUAGCAUUCCAACAACGAUAUGGCCAUGUUGUCACAUACAAAUGGUUUGGUGAUGGAUAUAUUCUGCUCGGGUUUAGUGCUGGUUACUUUGUGGCCAUAUCGACACACAUAAAGGAAGUGGGCCAAGAGUUGUUCCAAGUAAAGAAUCACCGAGAUAAUCUGAAUGAUAUAGCUCUUUGUCGGUGCAUAGGGAAAGUUGCAUCCUGUGGAGAUAAUACAGUGAAAGUGCACGAUGUGAGCAACCUUCAGGAAACAAGUGCUGUACUCACACUAGAGGAUGAGGUUGGGGCCCAACACCUCGCAUGGAGUGAGGAUGGGCAGCUACUCGCUGUUGCUGCAAAAGGUGGAAAUGUAUUUGUUUUCCUCAGCCGGCUACCCCAGUUGUCUGCGACCAAUGCGUGUCGUGUUGCAGUUCUUACUUCCCUCACAGAACUCACUGUCUUUUCUUGUGAUGCAGAAGGCAAGAGUAAGGCAUCAGGAGUUGUUGAAUUGGCAGUGGAGCCAAAUUUCAUAGCCCUGGGUCCAUACCACUGUGCAGCAGGCAUGAACAAUCAUGCAUGGUUUUACGAGUUGGGACAGCAGCCAGUACAGAGUUUAUCAGAGCAUCAGUAUGUGGGAACUGUCAACAGUCUCCAGCUAGGACCUGAAUAUGCCUCAGCUCUUACUGAGGGGAAAGUGCAACUGCAUCUGAUUGAACCAGGCAAUGGCAGUGAUGAAGAUCGUGAAAUGAAGUUGUUCCCAGAUGAAACCAAGCAGGAAAUGAACAUCACAUGCCAUUCUCUUACAACCGAUUUCCUGAUAUAUGCUACUGAUAUGGGCCAUAUCCAUUACUUCUUCAUUGAAGACUGGAAGAUAGUGGUAGAUUUUCAGCACACUAUUGGAAUACGCAGUAUCUACUCAAACCAAAGUGGAAGCCGUGUCAUUUUCAUUGAUGACAAGAGUGAAGGCUACAUUUAUAAUCCUGUGACCGAUCAGGCUCUGAAGAUCCCUGACUUGCCAGCAAAAUGUCGUGGAGUACUUUGGGACUCAGCUUCUGAAGGACGAGACACGUUUGCUGCUUUUGAUGACUCUGAAAUUGUAAUAUAUGUGUACAUAAGAAAUUCUGUCAACGGAACGAGUGUGGAACAAGUGAGUACUACUCGACUGCCAGCCAACCAGGUGCCUGUAUUGAUGGUCGGUACACGAGUAGAGCUGGUUACACUUGCUGGACGGCUCAUGUCACUUCCUCUGGGACCACAACCCCCUGCUGGAGCCUCUACAUCCAUUGACUACCUGGAGGAACUGCUGCAGCACCAAAUCACACUGUGCAGAUUCUCAGAUGCAUGGAAAACAUGCAAACUGUUGAACACCAAGGAAUCGUGGACACGUUUAGGAGAAGCAGCACUGAAAAAUCUUGAAGUAGAAUUUGCCAUUCAAGUGUAUCAAGAAAUUGAUGAUGCAGGAAUGGUUUGGGCCCUUGAGAAUAUCCAAGAUGAGGAAGACAGGCGACUAUUAACUGGUCAUAUGGCAGUAUUCUUGAAGAACUUCGAUAAGGCUCAGGAAUGGUAUUUGUCAUCAAGUGAACCUGUGACAGCUUUGCACAUGCACCGGGACCUUUUGCAGUGGGAUCGUGCCCUGCAGUUAGCCAGUAAGCUCGCACCACACCAGACACCAUUCAUUGCGAAGGAAUACGCCCAGCAGCUUGAAUUUACAGGGAAUUAUGCUGAAGCAUUAAUCCAUUAUGAACAAGGGCUGGCUGAGGCUACAGACAGUCUUAAGGAUGCUGAAAGUGGCAGUGAGCAGCACAUUGCCGUGUGCAGAGCUGGUGUUGCUCGGACUUCGAUUCGUUGUGGUGAUGUACGCAGAGGUGUUGCUAUUGCAAUGGAUAUUGCUAGUGGCCCUCAGCUUAAGAAGGAAUGUGCUGACAUACUGGAAGGAAUGAAGCACCUGGCAGAUGCAGCUCUGCUCUAUGAGAAAGGGCAGUUUUUUGAGAAAGCAGCGUUAACAUACAUUCGACUGAAAAAUUGGUUUAAAGUUGGUGAGCUGCUCUCAUACAUCUCAUCUCCAAAAAUACAUAUUCAGUAUGCUAAGGCGAAGGAAGCAGACGGCAGCUACCGUGAGGCUGUAGCUGCAUAUGAGGCAGCACGAGACUUUGACAAUGUCAUCCGUGUUAACCUCGAUUAUCUGAAUAAUCCUGAGGAUGCAGUUGACAUUGUAAGAAAAACAAAGAGCUUAGAGGGCGCUAAGAUGGUGGCCAAGUUUUUUCAAAGACUUAAUGACUAUCAGUCUGCAAUUCGCUUUCUGGUAAUGUCGCAGUGCUACGAUGAAGCCUUUCAGCUUGCAAGGCAGCAUGGGCAGAUGGAAUUAUAUGGGGAAAUAUUGUCAAACUCAGUAGAAAUUGAUCCAAGACCAGAUGAUUUUAGAAGCCUUGCUCUCCAUUUUGAAACAGAAAAAAAUAGCCUUUUGGCUGGAAAAUAUUAUUUUCAUGCUGGGGAUUAUAAUAAGGCAUUGAAACACUUAAUGAAAGUACUUAAAACCAAUUCUGAAGAUCCUGAAGCCAUAUCUUAUGCAAUUGAUGUUGUGGGUGUCGCAAAUGAUGAACACAUUGCCAAUCAGCUCAUAGAAUUUCUCUUGGGGGAUACGGAUGGCGUUCCAAAGGAUCCAAAAUAUUUGUUUCGUCUUUAUAUGGCAAGGAAGCAGUACAGAGAAGCAGCCAAAACUGCGCUAAUUAUAGCCAAUCAAGAACAAGUAAAUGGUAAUUACAGAAAUGCUCACGAUGUAUUGCUGGGUAUGUACCAGGAGCUUCGUAGAAAUGGUAUUCGUAUACCAUCUGAAAUGCAGAUCAAUCUAUCCCUACUGCACUCUUACAUCCUUGUACGCCUGCAUGUUCGUCAAGGACAACAUGCAAAAGGUGCACGGAUGCUGAUCCGAGUUGCCAAAAAUAUCUCAAAAUUUCCUUCUCAUAUUGUUCCUAUCUUGACAUCCACUGUGAUCGAAUGCUCACGAGCAGGUCUCAGGAAAUCAGCAUUCACUUAUGCAGCAAUGCUCAUGCGCCCUGAAUAUCGCUCUCAGGUGGAUCCAAAAUAUGCAAAGAAAAUUGAAGCAGUAGUAAGGAAACCAGCAAGAGGAGCUCCUGAAGAAGAUGAAUCAGUUUCUCCUUGCCCAUAUUGUAAUUCUGAUCUUCCCGACACAGAAUUACAGUGUCCUCGUUGCAAGAACACUAUCCCCUUUUGCAUUGCUACGGGGCGUCAUAUUGUCAAAGAUGAUCUCACAGCCUGUCCACAUUGUGAUUUUCCAGCUAUAUAUACAGAACUCAUCACGAUUGUUCAGUCAGGCGAACCGUGUCCGAUGUGUUCAGAAAAUAUAGAUCCUAACGAUCUUACAAGGAUACAGAGUGCAGAACUGUAUCUCUUCCCACAAGGACAAGAAUGAAGAUAUAAAUCCAGUCCUUCUACAAUAAUAAUGAAAUUGCCGUAAAACAUUUAGCACCAACAAAACUCAGUAAAACAAAAAAUGGAAUCAGUUUCAGCAGGAACACCACUACGUUUACUGAAACUGGAGGUUUCAUCACCAAAAAUGCCUUCUUUAGAUGAAAAUAGGAAAUAAAAGAAAAAAUGAUGUGAAGGGAGAUAUGUGAGAAAGCACCUGAUAUUGGAGAGCAUCCAUCAGUCAUUUGCAAAAAUGUUCUGAAUAUUAGGAAAUGUCUUUCUGUGGACUAUUUUCUCUUAUCUUCUGCAUACUUUAGUUUGUCGUGUUCCCAAAUGAAGAAUUUCUGCCACCUUUGGGUAAAAUUUUAGUAAUGUGUUUUACGUUUGUAACAAUUGGCACCAAAAUUGCUCCUGUGAAACAUGCAAUUUCUCUAUCUAUACUUUCUGAAAUUUGUAGCUUUUAUUCGUGAUUUUAUUGUGUACACACAGAUGUAUCAUAUACUUUGCUUUAAAAGUUUGAUUCCGUCCCUUAUUUUAUAAUAAAAAUAACU